CAUUUAUGUGAAAGUGCUUACAUAUGUGCAUGCACUCAAAGAAAAUUGCUUGUCAUUUAAAUAUCAAAAAAAUAUCCUCCUAAGUUCUUUAUAAUAAAUCGUCUUUCUGACACGAAGGAAAUAAAUAUUUCUACAGCGAAGUGUUGGACAUAUGAUAAUAAAAAGAUCGUCAAUCAAGUUUCUGGUGUUAAGAAUAAAGUUAAGAAUUUUCAUUAAUGUUACCUAUAUUUCCUAAAGAUGUAUCUUCAAUUGAAUUGGUUUUCCGAUCUAUAAAUGGAAGUAAAUUGAAGCUUAUUGAUAAAAGUACAAAGGCCAGGAAUGUUAUGAAAUUUGUUUUACAUAAAAACAUACAUUUAAAUGUGAAUAUAACUUUCCUUUUGCUAUUUACAACAGCAGUUUUAUGGAAAGCAUUUAACAUUUUCAUACCAUUUAUUUCAUGUACAUUAGUAUUAAUACUACAAAUUAUCUGCUUUGUCACCUCUGUAAAUAAAGUUACAUUAACAGUAGUAGAAUUUGUUGGUAUAUAUACUGAAGGACAAAGAAUAUUUUAUGGUCCUAGUUUAUGUGAAUUUAUUCCUUGGGAUACAGUGAUAGAUGUAUUUAUUAAUGAAGUUAUAACAGGACAAAAAGUAUUAUAUUAUCUUACGAUAAUAAUAAAAGACUCAGUUAAUGGGAAAGAUUCUAUAAAACUGGUUCCUUUAUUUCAAAACCUAAUACCUGAAAGAAAAUGCCUGGAAUAUAUGUACGAAAAGCUAGCUGGAUUGAUUGGACCCAAAAGGAAGAAAAUCCAGCUUUAAUAGUACCCGGUUCAUACUGGUUAUGUCAUAAAACCAAGAUAUAUAAAUUUAUUUUUAGAUAUCACCGUACAAGCAGAAAUAUAAAGCAUUUUAAUUUUGGAAGAGAAUUAAUGAAAAUUAUUAGAAGAAUUAUAAAAGAUCAACCUCCCCAAAAUCAACAAUUUGGUACAAAUCAUCUUGUAGUCACUUUCCAUCAUACAUCAUGGACUAGACAAGAUAAAAUAUUUGCAAUGUUGAAGUUUAAAGAACGAUCAGUUAUAGCAUUUUCUCACGCAUUUAUAUUAACUAUAAAAGUGGUUAAUCCCAAACAGAAUUCAGACAAUACAUUUUCUCAAGAUCAUUCUCUAAUCUAUCGAAAUGAAAAUUCAAAUAACACACAUAAAUCUGAAAAUAAAAUUGAACAAGAAAAUGAAAAAUGUUUAUUGCAUUCUUCUAAAAUUGAUUAUUCAAAGACAAAUAAACAAUGUGAUAAUAUGCAAGAACAAAUUUUAAAAUAUGAAAGUAAAAGUAUUCAAUUGAAUAAUAAAAAUAUGAAAACGAAUUUUAAAGAAUUAUCAUUAAGUAAAGAAUCAGCGAAACAAUCAUUAAAUGACAAUGAAGAUAAAUUUAAAUUUUGCAAAGAUACAAAUAUGUCAUUUAAAGUACACAUGUCACCUAAACAUAGUAAAGAGUUAAAUGAUAAAAUGGAACAAAGCAUUAACUGUGUACAGAAUCAAGGUAUUAGACAUCAAUUAUCAGACGACAGGAUAGAUAUUAAUAAAUAUAAUAUUGAAAAGGAUAAAAAUAAUUCGAUAUCGAAUAAUAGUAAAAUGUUAAAUGAUAACAGUAUUAAUGAUGAUGCUAAUACAGAUUCUGUCAAUUUACCAUAUCAGUAUUUGAUAGAAAAAGAGAUAGAAGAUGCAAAGCAGAAUACAUUAGAAGAAAUAAAUGAGAAAGAUGCUACAAAUAAUAUAGAAAUUACCAAAAUAGAAGAUCCACCUUGUUCUAAGAAAAAAAAGAAUACGUUAGAAGUACCACGAUCUUCUGAUAUUACGGAUUUAGUAAUGGAAGGUUUAAUGUUCACAAUUCGUCAGGGUCAAGAUGCUAUAGCAGUUAUAGAACAAAAAACUAAAUUGGAGGUAGAUGAAGUAUUAGAAAAUUCAGAAAAAAUUGAGACAAAGGAAGGUGAAAAGUGUUUGCGAAAUUCUAGUUUACUUGGCUUAGAAAAUUUAGUAACGAUGAUUAAAUUACCAAAAAGAAACGAAUUUAAAAGUGAACAUCGGAACGUAAUUAGUCAAAAAUCUACUUUAGAAAAUCAGUCUAUGAGUAAAUCCUUAUUUAAUAAUGUGAAACAUCCCUUAAGAAAUAAUGAAAUUAAAGAAAAAAACUUUACAUCUGGAUUAAAAUACUCUUUUAAUAAUUCUAUUUCAGCUAGUACUAGUUAUACAAAUAAUAAUAAUAGCUUAAGUAUUACAAAUAAACGUCGCUAUUCUGACAUACAUGAUAAAUGUGGAAAGCGUAUAAAAGUUAUAAAAAAUAAAUAUUUGAAGUAUGAAGAAGAAAAAAAAGGCGAUGACGAUGAAGAUGAAGAAGACCAAGACGAAGAUAUAGUACCAGAAGCAUUACAAAAUGGAACAUCUACACUAUCUUUUGAGUUUAAAGAUGAAUUAAAAUCUAUGCCAAACAAAGAUUUAUUAAUGGAUGAUAUUGAUAAUGAAAAUUUAAUAAAAUUUGAAAUAGGCAAGAAUGAACUUAAGCCUAAUUUUAAUAACAGUUUACAUUUUAAAAGAUACUCAAGAAGUUCAAAUCAUAAUUCAAUAUCUACAAAGUUCUUUAUAGAUGAAACACAAAAAUUGCAUAAAGAUACAAUAUGUGAAUCUAAAUUUAAUGGUGCAAACAAGUAUAAAUCAAAUGUUCCAGUAAUUAUUUCAAAUCAAAUUAUUACUCUAAACGAAAUGCCUUUGCCACUACAGAAAAUACUCAGAAAUAAAUUAUCAACAAAACAUAAUCUCUUAAAUGAUAAAAAUGAGAUAAAUACAGAUAAUAUUGAGGUUUGCAAAACACAAGCGUGUCAAAAUGAAAAUAAUGCUUCUAAUGCACAAUUAGGAAAUCAAAUUUUAGAUAAUAUAUUAACAUUAAGAGAUGAUAAAAAAACGUGUAAUGAAAGUACAUUAAACACAGAAGAGAAAUGUUGUAAUAUGAGUUCUCAAGAAGUCAUAAAACUAACAGAGGAAAAAUUGCAAAAACAAGAUGAUUGUAUCGACAAACCAGUAUUAUCUUCGACUAAACUAAAGAACAUUACACAAGAAUUUUAUAAAAACCUUUCAUAUUUGAAAAAAGAAAAUUUAACAAAUCAAAAGUACUUAAGAUCUAGAAGAAAAUCAUUGAAUUAUACUAAUAAUGGUGAAGUGCAUAUACAAAUGCUUAAAUUUUUUCAAGAUAUUACAAGAGGUGCCAAGGUUGUUGUAACGCGUAUAAAUGUAAAUAAAUGUUCGUAUAAAACUGGUACUGCAAUGAAGAAACUAAUGGGGUACAUAAAGUCUAUUGGUACCGUGAUAAUAUAUAUUAGUUUUUUCUUAGCUGUCAUUACCUUUUUGCCGGGUUUACCUCCAGAAGCAGAAUAUUCCGAAUAUAGCAUAAAGUUCCCUUCGGAUGUGCAACUGAAAUACGAAACGAAAACUCGAUUACAAGAACCUGAAAUAUUAUUCUCAGGAGAGAUUAAAGGUCCAGAAGAUUUUGCAUCGUUCAACGGAGAAAUAUACACUGGCAUACGUGGGGGUUAUGUUGUGAAAAUUGAAGAAAAUCGAAUUAAACCGAUUGUAAAAUUUGGACAAAAAUGCGAUGGUUUGUGGCAGGAAGAGAAAUGUGGUAGACCCUUGGGUUUGAAGUUUAAUGAUAAUGGAGAAUUGUUUGUAGCUGAUGCUUACUAUGGUAUUUUUAAAGUGAAUGUUAACACACGACAAUAUGUAAAUAUAGUCAAUAGUUCUGAACCUAUUGAUGGAAAGACUGCAAAAAUCUUUAAUUCAUUGGAUAUUGCAAAGAAUGGAGAUAUUUAUUGGACAGAUUCAUCUACAGAUUUUUAUCUUCAUGAUGGAAUGUAUUCAUUCUUUGCUAAUCCAUCAGGAAGGCUUAUUAGAUACAAUGCAGCAACAAAAAAAAAUGAAGUGUUAAUAAAAAAUUUAGGAUUUCCAAAUGGUGUCUUAUUAAGUGAUGAUGAAAGCUUUGUAAUUGUAGGAAGCACUCUUAACUUAAAAAUUCUAAAAUAUAACCUGAAAGGUCCAAAAGCUGGACAACAAGAAAUCUUUAUAGAAGGUUUACCUGGUCUAUGUGAUAAUAUACACAGUGAUGGACAAGGAGGAUUUUUAGCAUCUCUUUUCUCUCCUGUAGAUUCUGAAUAUCCUACUUUACCUUUAUCUUUUAUACCACAUCCAUACAUACGAAAGAUGAUAUCAAGACUAAUUUAUUCAAUAGAAGGUCCAUUUAAAUUAUUGCAAGAUAUUUAUCCAAAUUAUUAUUCAGAAAGAGUUUUACAUACGAUAGGUUCGUUUGAAGUUGGAAAAUAUUUAAUAUUGAAAACUGAUUCACUGAUACUUAGAUUGGAUAAAACCGGAAAAAUUUUGAAUAUUUUAUAUUCGGAAAAUGGCGAUGUUAGUAGUAUUUCUAGCGCUCACAUAAAUAAUGGAUAUUUAUGGCUUGGUUCUCCUUGGAAUGAUAAUAUUAUGAGGAUUUCAUUAAAGCAAGCAUUUCCAGAUUUAACAAUUAAUACAAAAUCUUCUGCUGAAAAGGAACAAAAACAGAAAGAACCACUUUUAACAGUUUCAGCAACACCAAAUGUUAAAGUAGAAGCAAAACCUAUGAAAUCAACUAUUAAACAAGAUACUACAAAACCGUCUUCAAAAUCAACUAUCAAAGCACAAACAAAGCAAGAAGUAAACUCAGAUACAAUAACAUCUAAGCCUACAUCACAAUCUACCACUACCAGUACAACUACUACUUCAAAACCGACAUCAUUACCUAAAGCAUCAACAAAAGAAGUUAAAAAAGAUAAUUUAAAGAAAACUGAGAAAGAUAAUCCAACGGAAAUUAAGAAGGAUAAAUUUAAAUCACAGGUUAAAUCUGAAACAUCAAAACAAAUUAAUGAUGCAAGACCAAAAACAAAGUCUGACGAUUCCGUUAAGAAAGAUACUCAGUCUAUAAAAUCUAAACCUGUAAAAGAAAAUGAAGACUAAAAAGUAAACCAGUGUGAACAAGUUGUCAAUCCAAAUUCACUAUAUUACUUUAUUCCAUGUUAAAGUUCUACAUAUUUCAAACAUAUUGAUUUAUUUGUUAGACUUUAUGAAAUUUCGUAUGAAUUUCAUUGUUUUACUUUGAUAGGAUUUAGUUCUUAUUUAUAUUCUUUAAACAAUGUUCUCGAACAUAUGAUAUUUAAAAAGCAUUUUUUUCAUUUUAUUAUACAUUAAUAUUGAUAUAACCAGAAAAAAUAUUAGUGAUUCGGAUCUGUACAUAAGAUUGAGAAUGGUGUUGUUUUUGUAAAACAUUCAAUAUUACGAUAUAUAUAUUGAUAUAAUAUUUAAUACAAACACAUGCAUAUACAUUAAUAUAUGCAUAUGUACGUAUAUAAAUUAUAAUUUUAUUUAGUUGUAUAAUGAAGAUGAGGUCCAAAAAGAAGAAAAUCCAUUUUGUUAUAGAUGUUUAUAUUCUUUUAAUAUUAAUUAACAUUCCAGAGAAAACUGUAUAGUAAGAUUAUUAAAGUGAUCGUUCUAUAAAUAAAAUAAUUUAUAUUAGAGAUCACAUUUGUUUGUAAAAUUUAAUUAAUUGAAUUUGUCACAAAAUUUGUUUUCUGUGAUUAUAAAGAUAGAAUGUGUGCAUCUUCCAUUAAAUUUUUAAUUUCUAUUUUUGUAUGUAUUUUUCUACUUAGUGUGUACAAAUAUACACAAUAUGUGUACGAAAAUAAGAUUGUUUGCAGAUAUAUAUUUUACAGUUCGGCUGGGUAUUACACAUACAGAUUAAUUUUGAAUAUAAUGAUAUGAAACAAUAUUCUUAAUUUUAUAUAGAAUUUGGUAAAAGGUUGUACAAUUGGUACAAAAAUAAAUUUCUCCUUUUUAAAA